CAUCAUCAUCAUCAUCAUCAUCAUCAUCAUCAUCAUCAUGAAGACUCUUUGCUUCACCCUGGGACUGCUGCUACUCACUGUCUGCUGCUGCAACGCCGGUCCCGAAGCAGUGCGUCACAGCACAGCACCUCACACCUGCUGCCAUGAGUUUUAUGAAAAACCUUUACCAAUCCAACGUGUGACCAACAUAACUAAGACCAACAAGUCCUGUCUGAAGAAGGCAUUCAUAGUCCAAACAGUUAUAGGAAAACAGAUCUGCUACAGACAGACUUUCGUCUGGGCUCUGGAUGUCUACAAUCGGCUCCAGAACACUGAGGGGAGUGGUACACAGAAGAAUUAGAGAUGUAUUAUUGUGUAAUAAUAUAAUAAUGACAUAACCGUAUUUGAUAAUUUUUUUAGAUUGCUGUAAAAGCCAAAGUUUUUUCUGAUGACAGUUUGCAUUGACUAGGGUUACUGUAUCUCAGGUUUAGAAAUGUUGACACUUGAAUUAGUUUCAAGUGUGUUAAAGUUUUUAAAAUCUGUGAGGGUUAUGAUUAAGGAGAUACUGC